AUGGAGCCCCCCCCCCGCCCAAUCGGCAUCUAUUGAGAGGAAUUUCUCGGAGUACACUUCAAUAAUAAGAGUGACAAAGAAGAGCCACGGUGGAUGAGGAGAUGACAUUCAACCUGCCUAACAGAAAGAAAACAUGAUUUCUGGGUAUUAAAAACUAGCUCUCUGCUAUGUGUCAGACAAAUUAGAACAAGCCAAUCCAUGUAAUUCAACACAGGUGGCUUUGAAGUCAGUGACCAUGUGUUCAGUUUCAAAGACCCUUUGAUUCGGCUUUGAUUCAUACACCCUUCAGCAAAGUGGAAGCCGCUCACGUCUGCUGCGUUAACAUAACAGAGGCCCCAGUGCUGUAUGGGGAACCAGGUAUUGACUUAAUAAAUGGUUCCUGGCUCCACCAUCGCCAGGUUCAAAGAGAACAGCAGGCGAACAUUUAAAGGGGAAGUGCCGCCGAAAAUGUGCCGUUUGCUUUAAGGUACUUGCUGCAGGGCUCGAAUUAGCUCCUGUUGCAGUUUGUUUACUUGUUUUGUUCUUUUUCUUUGUGCGAACGUUUUUACGAGGCUUGCUUGGGGCGGGACCGUGAACCGGGCUCUGCGGCACGCGGACUUGGUUGACGAGAAUGGCAGUGGGGAGAAGUGAAAGCCGCCAUUUUGGUGCCAGCAGAGAGGAAAACAGGUACACAAGCACAAAGGGAGGUAUAGGGUCAUGCCGGGUCAUGCUGGGUCAUGCCGGGUCAUGCUGGGUCAUGCUAGAGGCAUCACCCCCCUCCCCCCAGCCCAGAAAUGUAACCAAUUACGCCUUCUGAUAACAGAUAAUUGCAUAAAAUUCCAAACAAUUUACUCAGAACCCCCCCUCUCCAGGUUGGUAAACUUUACCAAGACCCCCCACCCGUGUCGCCCCUCCUGCUGUGAGCCCCCUCCUCUGGCCCCCCCUGAUGUCUCCACUAUUAUACAUGCAAAAACAAGCUCUGUGCUACAUCCGCAGCCCAAUUAGUCACGACCCUAAGUCGCAUUUUCAAUAUGACGCGCAAGCAGACACUCACUGAUAGGACCCCUCCUCUGUGACCUUUGACCCCAUAAUUAGGGAGCUGAUUGGGUGCAGCUGUGGGUGUCUGGGACAGCUCCUGGUGCGCCGCCCUGUUUUAACCCCGGGAAUGACAGCCCAGCCAUGCACCGGUCCUCACACCCCCAUGAAUAAAAUGUACUGAUAAAUUUUUUUUUUUUUUUUUUUAGGUUUCAUUUUUUUUUUAACCUACCGUCUUUUUUGAGAUUCACAAAUAAAAUCUCACACAUAAGUAUACAUAAUUAGUCACUCGAGGGAGCAGAUUGGGAAGAAACACAUUUUUUUAAGAAAAACAUUAAAAAAAAGAUCAUGUCAUACAAGACCCAAGUCCAGCCCAUUACAAAAAAAUGAAUCUGUUUCAUCUAUGUUUUUUUUUAUCUGUUCUGAGUCAUUUUAGCACAGUGACAAAAUGGGAUGACCAGUCCCUUCGGCUAAUGAGCAAGUCUGCACUAAUGAUGUGCCCUGAACCAUGAAACACUCCGUCUGCCAUUAAACAGAAUCAAAUCUCAACUUAGGAGAUGUCUUACAGAUGCCUUAGAUUGGACACACGGCCACAGAUGUGCUUUGAUCUAUCACACCCCCUCCAGCAGCUUCCCUGUUCACUUGGACCAAUCCAUGUUGACUUUUCAAGUGGAAAGAGACCCUGCAAAAUGGUAUGUACCAUGAUGUGGGAAAUGACGGGGGUGUAAUAUGUAUGGUGUUAACUCAUAACACUCUUUAGCUUAAAAUAUCCUGCUUCUUUAUUUGAGCUGAUUGCAUUAAAAUGGCCGCCUCGCCUACAGUUAUUGAGUAAUAUAAUAACAUCCCUUCACUUCCUUGUCCGGCUUUUGGAGACCUUGGUGCGUCUGCAUCCUAUGUCAGGCUGCACAGAGCACAGGACCAAAGACCAUCCUAAGCCACAAAGUCCAAAUAAGUGUAGGACAGCCCCUCCCACUCUCUUUAUGAGUCAUCAGCAUCAGCAGGCCUUCGCAAAUAUCGCACGUAUAAUAAUUUUGUGCAUCAUUUCGAUUUCAGAAAAACAAUGUUUACUCCUAACAGCUAUAUUUUGCACUGAUUAUGUUAUUUACUGAGUUGUUGUUUCCCAAUUAAUUCUUCAAAUGAAGCAUCAGGAAAAUGCCGAGUGCACAAAUUAAUUCCAGCUUUAUAAAAAUGUCCAGCUAAUUAAACAGCUGAGAAAUUUAAGCUUUUAAGCCUGUGCAUUGAUAACAGACCAAGUGUUGCCACCACAAGCUGGGAGCGCGUUGCAGGGCCUCAAAUUCUGGGUGCAAAGAAAAUGAUAAGUUAUCCUCCGAUGAAAAGACUGGCUGGAAGCAGAACCGACUCUGCGAUACAUAUAAUUCAAAUGUAUAUAAAUCAAAAUCCCAGAGUAUUAUAAUUCAUAGUCUCUCCCUUUUGAACUUGAAGUUUACAUUUUCACUCAAGUGCCCAGGCGGUUUUUAAGAAUACCAGCACUGAAGAAAAUGAGAAAAAGAUUUAUUUUGCAAUAUUAUGGAUCUCCCAUAAUAAUUAAUAAUGUAUAAUGAAUAUUUCACUCAUGUUUUUGCAAAAUUGAUAAGAAUAUAUAUCUGUAUGCAUGUUAAAACUUGGUGUCCUUUAUGAUUGCAGACUAUUGUGUGUGACAAUUUUUGAGUUUUGUUUUAAUAUUUCCUGUUGAUGAAAAUGCCAGGACAAGUUAAACGGUCAAAGCAUUAAAAACAGAUUUAUUUGGAUGAAAAUUUAUUUGGUAAGCUUGCCUCGGAGGAGUGGGUCCUAGUACGUUGUUUCCCAAUCCGGUCCUGGGGGACCCACAGAUGGUCCAUGUUUUCACUCCCUCCCAGCUGCCAGUACGGGAAUAAGAAUGUGGAUGUGGAGCUGGGAGAGAGCAAAAACGUGGACUGGCUGUGGGUCCAGCAGGACCGGGCUGGGACAUAAUGCCAUAAUCCAGGGACAGAUUCUUGCAUGAAGGGAUUGUAGCUGGUGACUCAACAAGACUCCAAACCUGAGCAAAGAUGUCUUGGGUUUUUGGGCCAAUUUGGGUCGAUCACUGGAACUGGAACCGACUGAUCGCUGAUUACAGGGUGGGGAGGGGGCGUGGAGAUCUUCCAUUUAAAGAGUAACUUCACCCCCUGCUCCGAGUCUUACUCCCCCCACGGCAUCAUUUUUUAAAUUGCUAAAAAGUGGCCAAAGGGCUGAGUUCUAGUGGUGAUCAGUAUCAUUACAGAAAUGGAAACAAAGUUACUCGAUUGUCCAAGUAAAACAAAGAGGUGUGAGGCGUGAUUCAGCGGGCUAGUAUUCAGAAAAAGUAACUGGCCUGCUGAGGAGCUUGCAAAGCAGAACAUUAAAGCAAAAAUAAAAGGUGGAAUUAGAGAUGGUGGCAGAAACCUCUUCCUGCAGCUCAAUGUUUGUUACGUAAGAGCAAAGCUCUGCAGAUAACUCCGCUCUCCGACGCACCUGAGGUCCACGGCGCCACAUACACGUCAUCACCUGCGGACGAAACGUGAACCUUCAAACAGCCCAGCAUUCGGGCUCGGCUGGUUUCCCUCUCUGUACUCCGCCGUUUUUCUGUUAUUGACGGCAAUCAUAACAGCAUCUUCUGCCAUUUAUGUCGUGAUUGCAGACAAAACUGAUCAGACAAAUUAAGACCUUGUUCUAUAUCUUUCAUUAUCAGUCAUGUCUGCCUCUGAGGCCAGUUUUGUGUGGGCAGAGCACAUGGAGAAAACAUGAACCUACAGCAGUGAAGUAGUCAGCAGGUCAGGUGAGGUGGGAGAGCAUGCCCUGGUACUGCGUAUUACCGCACAACCAAACACCUCAGGAUCCCAGUUGGCGACCCCCGAGACCCAGAUAGGGUCCAGUUCUACCCUCUGGAAAUGCCCAUCUAUCUGCUGUAGCCAGGUGUUAAGUGGACGUUCCCUUGGCCUGGUCCAGCCGCUUGGGUCCUCAGCAAUGAGGAUCCUGGAAGCUGGAACACCCUCAAAGAAACACGCCACAUGGCCGUAACUGACGCUCCCUCACAAUGCAGGUAAUGUGCCUCAUUCGGAAUUCCCUGAGCAACCACUCAUUCGACACAAAGUCAAACCAGUGGUACCCAUUGACAUUGAAGAGACUCAGUAGCAAAGGAGUCCAGUCUUCGUCUCAGCUCACUGGAUAGUGUCCAUGUCUCACAGCCAUACAGCAAGACAGGGAACACCAGGACUCUAAAGACCUGGACCUUCAUCAGGAGCGUCACACACCCCUUUCCAGUGACCUCAUGACCCCCCCAUGCUCUUCCAGUCCGUCUGCCGACUUCAUAGGAAGAGUCACCCGAGACAUGAAUGUCCCUGCCAAGCACAGAGAGAACACGGAAACUCUCAACACAGGCAGCGGAACGAAGGCUGGACCCCCCCCUCACCCCCAACCCUACAAAUGUGAGGCAUCAAUGUAGGCUGUCAUGUUACCUCAAGAAAGGAACAAUCAGAUUCUACUAAAAAGAUUCUAUUAAGACGCAGAAUUCCUGGAAGCAGUCGAACCUUAUUUCGUGUUAAGAGGCUGCCUCGAGUCUGGACCAGCGACUUCAUCAGCGGUUUCGCACCACAGAGCGCGGCUGAGGGUGUGAGUGCAGCGCGGCCGCGCGUCUCACACAGACUGGACUCGCCGGAUUUUCAGGGCGCAGUCCUGGACCGUGUAAUUAAUCUUUUAAAGCGCACGUAUCUCCUCCAGUCAGGCGAAGCAAGGACGCGCUGUUCCAGCAACCACAUUCCAUCACUUACGCUGAAAAACGUGAAAGCAGGACUGCGUGACUGAGUUUUGCUAAAUGCCGGAGCAGACACCAUUUCCUCCGCAGUCAUUGGGCAUCUCAGCUGGACUCAGGGCCACUUUAUAGGCUGCGUCUUUCCACACUUGACGAUGAACCAGUCAGUGGCCCCUCUCCACACCUCCUCAUUCUCGUGCAACAUCAGCUCGAUCUCUGAGCCCCACCUGUUCAUCGGUGUAACCAAGAGCGAGCCCUACCACGUCGCCGUCCCCCUGACUGUCUUCUAUGGCCUGCUCUUCGUGUUCGGGCUAACCUCCAAUAGUGUGAGCUUCCUGACCCUCCUGACCAAUGCCCGCAUGAAGGCCAGCACCAUCCGACCCUACCUGCUGAGCCUGGUUGUCUCUGACAUCCUCCAGCUGCUCACUGUGCCCGUCACGCUCUACCGAUACUACUGGGAGAGCUACCCCUGGCGGCUGGGCGAGCCGCUGUGCAAAGUCUACUUCAUGAUCCGCCAGAUGUACUGCGCCACCACCAGCUGGACCAUCCUGGCGUUCACCGUGGAACGCUACGUGGCCAUCUGCCACACCAUGUGGUCUAUCUCCAGCCUGGAGAAGGCUCGUCUACCCUGCUUGCUGGCCGGUGUCUGGGCGCUAUCCCUGGCUUCCGCUGUGCCGUUCGCCCUGGUGUAUGGGCAAGCCCCAGCCUGCAUCUUGGACUACACUGCAACAUCACCUUCAGAAGCCUUCAUGCUGUCCUCCAUGUGUGAAAUGAUAGAAGAUGAGCCGUCCCCCAUAUACCGGGCGGCCCUCUUAAUGAGGGCCGUCCUCUGUUUCCUGGUGCCAUUGGUGGCCAUCGUCACCCUCUUCUUCCUCAUGAUCUCCCACCUCUUACGCCAUGGCCGCCAGAGAAAAGCCAUUGGCCUCACCAGGACAGUGGUGGCAGCCAAGGGGCAACCUUCACCACACCAGGGGAGGGGGAAACUACUUUUCUACGAAAGACGGGCUCUACAGCUUAUGGGAGCGGUAGUGGUGGCCUUCUUUGUGUGCAACUUCCCCGACAUGGCCUCGUCCCUCAUGCAGGUCUACGUCGAGGUGUGGUCCGACACCGUGCUGCGGGUCUACACUGCCCUCAAGUCCUACCUCUCGUUGCCUCUUUGGUACGUCAACAGUGCCCUGGACCCCAUCCUAUUCUGUAUGUCCUCCGACACCUUCCGCAAGGCCUGCUGGAAGACCUUGGGACCAAUACAAUCCCGCUGCCUGUGUCAGCGGCAAAAGGCACCUGCGGCCAGGAGCAGGACCAGGCUCACGUCCACCAGGACCAUGAGCUUCUCCAGGUGGGAGUCUGGAGAAUGUGCUGGGCUCAGGCACCAACAAGAGGAUCCACAGCUGCUCUCACUACAUAACUUACGUUAGGGCUGGGGGUCUGGUUCCCUUUCUCGAAGAAAAGAAACACUUGCUUGAGGAGUUUCUGUCCUGCGGACUUUGAUAAUUAUGCUUGACUUCACUUGUAACCCAUGGUGUUUGGAUGAUGUUGUGCUUGAUUCACGAUGAAGUUCAUCCCACCACCCUAAUUAUCCAAGAGACUUUAUCCGCUCAACAAUUUGCUUGUUCAACAAAUUUAUCCAGUAAUAGCACAUUCACAACUAAUGGAUGUUUUAAAAAUGUAUUGUAGGUUAAUCAGUUAUUAAACAUUAGAGUGGUUUAUUUCCAUCAAAAACAUCUUUCUGUCCUUUCCACACUAUCAUGGUUAUGGUUUGUCCUGAAUAUGUCCUUUGUUGCAGUGCUUUUAUCAUCAAAAGGAAAAUACUCAUGUAAUGUUAGAAACUUCUACUUUUCCUUGAUGUCCUUUAUAUGUCAUUUCAUUAUUAAAAACGGCAUAUCUAUUUAUUAUAAUAAUUUCUGGAACAUUUCUGGAAAAAAAAACAUACUUGGUUUGAAUAUACCAAAUGUAUGAAUAUAAAAAUGUUUGACUGUCUUCGGGAAUAAGUCGUUUAAAGGAA